AUCUCUCGCUCAAGUUCUUGUGCAAGUUGUGAGGGCUUUAAACGUACACAUUGUGCUUGUUAAUUAAGGCCGCUAACUGAUUUUGCCAUUUUGCGGAGAAGACUUUGAUGGGAGUCCAUUGAUGCCAAAUUUGGUUGUCAUGGAUAGAUAUGUAAUAAAAACAAAGAGGAAACAUGCAUGCGAAGAAAGCAACAAUGGAAGGAAAACUUUUAAGGAUGAUGAAUUGAGUGAAAAAGCUAAUAAUUCUACUCCAGAAUUAUUGAACCAUAACGUCUCCGAGGAAAAAGCCAACGAAGUUAGAAGUGCUUCGCCUUACGAAAAUAUUGACUUGAAUUUCCCCAGCAUAAAAUCAUCCUCUUUAGAUUGGCAGACAAUUCGGAAAGAUAAUUUGGACCUGCAGUAUACAAUAUUGUUCAAAAAUAGUGUUGGACGAUCCCUUAUUGCAAUAUUUGAAAAGGAAUUUGAGUAUUUUACAGGUAACUUAGCCAGAGUCAAGGUAUUUGGCAAGUGGUGUGACAUCCCAAGAAAACAGGUGACAUAUGGAGACCCAGGGUUAACAUACAAAUACAGUGGCAUAACAACUCCAGCAAAACCUUGGCCAAAGUCUCUGAAGGCAGUACGAGAUCUUGUGAACAGGGUUACAGGAUAUGAUUAUAAUUUCGUACUUGUAAACAGAUACAAAGAUGGCAGUGAUAAAAUGGGGGAGCACAAAGAUGAUGAGAAGGAUUUGGAUCACAACACACCAAUUGCUUCACUUAGCCUUGGACAGUCUCGUGACUUUUACUUCCGUCACCAGGAUGCCAGGCCACCUAAAAGCAUGAAAAUAGAAAAAGCAAAAGCACCAUCGUCCCAUCGCGCCGCCUCCGCCAGCGCCGCAGCAACCGGCAUCCGCUCGUCCGCAGGCGGGGCUGCAGAUGGCCAGUGUCCCCGUAAAGAGCAGGCGUUAAGGUUGAAAACGUCCCCCUUGCCCCAAGAGGCGAGCGUCCCUGGGCAUCGCAGCAGCCAACCCAGCCAUGUACCGACCCGGGAGAGGAGGAUACCCAACGAGGGCUGCAGCAACCAACUCGAAAGCAAUGCAAAGAGACGGGAGAACGAGCGAGGUACGCGCCCUGGAGAAGGGUUCCGUCGCAACAGAGCAGAACAGACACUGGAAGGACACCGCCCGAGCCACGUGAGCCUCAAUCUGCCGCGUCUUCCUGAAACAUCCUGA